CUUUUUCCCGCGGCGGGGCUGAGUCAAAUAUCAUAAAUCUCCCUUCUCAUUUGCCUGUUCAUACGAACCUUUCUAGGUUAAAAAGGUAACUGCAGCAUAUGACCCACCAUUUUCUUCCACAUUUUCGUUAAAAUCCUCCUCUUCCUCUUACUUUGCGACAAUGUCUUUGUGAUUUUGGGUUUCUCUAAUUGUUAAGUUUUGGCUGGUGGGUUUGGAAUGGCGAAUGGUGGAGUAGGAAUUGGAUCAAGAUGUUUUGGUGGAAGAGCUGUAAUGUCCCCAGUAUCAAUAUAUCUUGCCUACAAAGGAACAAGGGUUAAGGAGGAUGGCUGGAGGCACAAACAACGCAAAUUGAAAACAAUACAUACUGAUAGAAUGCUUACAUUAGCAGAACUUGAAGAUGCAGUUUACAUGGCUCUUAAUUUGGAUAGAGAGGUAUACCAAUUGAGGUUGAGUUUUUUGUUCCAUGUAUGCUUGCCAUAUAAGCCAUGUGAAUGUACUACUGAUACAGAUGUUGAGAUCUUUAUCGAGGAGAGGGUAUUGAAUCCUGGCUAUAGUUCUCCAUUGUUUGUUGAUGUAGCACCUAGGGUGAAACCAUUACAUGGCUCGAUACCAGAAAACAGAAUGCAGGAAACCAAAUUAGAUGGUUUAAUACGAGAGAGAAGUAUGGAUGGAACUCGAUAUGCGUCAGAUGGCGAGAGUGACCGGUUGUCAUGCUCAACUCCUAGAAAUCAAGUUGUAGAUAAACCGGUGGUGGAUGUUUCUAAACAACAUGUACAUCCCAAUGAUGCACAUGUCAAAUUAAGGACCCAAAUAGCAAUUGGACUUUCCUACAAAGGAAUAUGGGGUAAGAAUGCUGACGGUUUAUAUGUGCACGAAAAUGCAAAACUGAAACCGAUACAUAUUGAUACCAACUCUACAUUAAAAGAUCUUAAGGAUGCAGUAUACUUGGCUCUUAAUAUGAGCAGGUAUACUUAUCAAAUUACCUUGAGGUUUUUUGCCCGUAUUUGGUCUCAGUACGAAUCAUGUGAUUGUGUUACUGAUCAACAUGUCAAGCUCUUUAUCUCCGAGCAGAACUUGAAAUCUAUUAAGCAUAGGUCGCCCUUGUUUGUUGAUGCAGCACCUAGCGUGUCAGUGUUAUAUGAUGAGAUAAAAGAUUCCAAUUGGCAACUACAAGGCAUGCUUUGUGGGAUCUCAUUGAGUAGAUUGGCUAGCACUGACAGUAGCCGCCUUGAGAGUAGAAGUGAGAGCAAUACAGAUGAGGAUGAUGCUUCUGUUCCAUGUAAUGAGCAUUCAAAGACUCUUGAUAGACCUAGAAAGAAGCAGAAUCUAUCCAAUGGGAAGGUUCGUAGCAUCUACAGAUGUAGAAUAUGUGAAGGCGAUGGACAUAACAAGAGAACGUGCCCAUAUGCUUAGCUCACCCUUGUGGUAAGCAAUAGAGUAGCAGCUAGAUAGUUAAGCAGAGCAUCAGCAACAGUUUCAAUAUGGAGGAUAAGGAGAUUGUAUUAUACUUUGUUUCAUUUUGAAUCUAAAUCAUGAAUUUUAAAUCUUUAGACCUAUUUAUUGUUUUUGUCUUUGUCCUGUAGACCUACUUAUUGUUAAUAUUAUGCU